GUCCGCGCUUUUAAUACAGAUGCGCUGACGCUGUCCGCUCGCGCUGCGCUCAUCAGCGGCCGGUGGACAGAGCCAAGCCCGGGGAGAGAGCAGAGCAAGCGGGAGCAGCACAACCAUGACUGCGCCCAACAGCACUUACGACGUGAUUGUGGUCGGCGGCGGAAUAUCAGGGCUGAGUGCAGCGAAGCUGUUGAAAACCAGUGGACUGAACCCUGUGGUGCUGGAAGCCCGGGAUCGCGUUGGGGGGCGGACCUUCACAGUACAGAAUAAGCAGGCAAAGUGGGUUGAUUUGGGCGGGGCUUACAUCGGCCCAACUCAGAACCGGAUCCUGCGAUUGGCCAAAGAGUACGGCGUGCAAACCUACAAAGUGAACGAGAGGGAGAACCUGGUGCACUACAUCAAUGGAAAAUCUCACGCGUUCAAAGGCCCCUUCCCUCCCACAUGGAAUCCAUUUGUUUAUAUGGACCUCAACAGCUUCUUUCGGACAAUGGAUGAAAUGGGCAAAGAGAUUCCCAGAGAGGCCCCAUGGAGAGCCCCACACGCCGAGGAGUGGGAUCAUAUGACUAUGCAACAACUCAUAGAAAAGAUAUGCUGGACCAGUGCCGUCCGCCGCUUCGCCAAACUGUUCGUGAAUGUGAACGUGACGUCGGAGCCUCACGAGGUGUCGGCGCUCUGGUUCCUCUGGUACGUGCGGCAGUGUGGAGGGACCAUGAGGAUCUUCUCCACCACCAACGGGGGACAGGAGAGGAAGUUCCAAGGCGGCUCCGGUCAGAUCAGCGAGGGCAUGGCCAAAGAGCUGGGAGACCGGGUCAAACUGCAGUCCGCUGUGUACAAGAUCGACCAGAGCGGGGACACGGUGGUGGUGGAGACUGUGGACAAGCAGAUCUACAAGGCCAAAUAUGUGAUAAUAGCCACCCCACCGGGAUUAAACCUAAAAAUCCACUUCAACCCCGAGCUGCCGCCUUUGAGGAACCAGCUCAUCCACCGCGUUCCCAUGGGGUCGGUCAUCAAGUGCAUGGUCUACUACAAGGACAACUUCUGGAGGAAAAAAGGGUAUUGUGGGAGUAUGGUGAUCGAGGACGAGGGGUCUCCCAUCGGCCUGACCCUCGACGACACAAAGCCUGAUGGGACGGUUCCUGCCAUUAUGGGAUUCAUCCUGGCGAGUAAAUGCAGAAAGCUGUGCAACCUGACCAAAGAGGAGAGGCUGAAGAGGAUCUGUGAGAUUUACUCUAAAGUUCUGGGCACAGACGAGGCCCUGCAUCCGGUUCACUACGAGGAGAAGAACUGGUGUGAAGAGGAGUACUCUGGAGGCUGCUACACGGCCUAUUUCCCCCCAGGAAUCCUCACCCAGUACGGCAGGGUCCUGAGGGAGCCCUGUGGCAGACUGUACUUCGCCGGCACAGAGACGGCGACGGCGUGGAGCGGGUACAUGGAGGGGGCGGUGGAGGCGGGAGAGCGAGCAGCCAGAGAGAUAAUGUGUGCAAUGGGUAAACUUCACCAGAGUCAGAUCUGGCAGCACGAGCCCGAGAGUCUGGACGUCCCCGCUCUGCCCUUCGUCACCACCUUCUGGGAGCGGAACCUGCCUUCGGUCGGCGGCUUCGUCAGAUUCACAGGAGUCUCCGCCUUCCUGUCUGUCGCCGUGGCAGCAGGAGUCCUCGCUUACAAGAAAGGCCUGGUACCGCGAAACUAAACCUGGUUGAAAAGACGGCGUUAUACUUUUCAAAGCACUGGCCCGAACUGCGAAGUAGUUAAACGUAUGUGGGGGAAAAAAUCAGUCUGAUACACGUAAUAAAAGUAGACGAGGACAAAGCUAGCAGCCAUUUUGAAAUUCUGAUUUAAUGAAGGUAAAUAAAUCGAUCUAAUAAUGUAGAAAUCACUACUAUGGGUUCAUCCAUUGCCAACGACGUGAUCUGAACGUGAUGUUUGAGCUGUGAGAGUGCGUCAGGGGCGGCGCCAGGAUGGGGGGCUUGAGGGGGCAAGGACCUCCCCUAGGACGGACAACGCUCCCCCCAAACAUUUAUACACCGCUCUCGUAUGUCUGUGUAAUCCUGCAGUCGUCCAGGUAUGAUCCGUAGUCAAAGAAAAAUUCUAAUCGGUCAACAAACUAUAAACAAACAGGUGCGUUAGCUUCAGUGUAGCUAACGCCUCACUUCAGACAGAUAUAAGGCAGUGUCCAGGAGUAAUCUGACCAGAACUGAAGAAACUACUGGGAUGAGGAGCCAAUCAUCUCAAACGUAGCGUAUUGAAGACCUUAGCGCUCCCCUCCUUAGCGCCCCCAAACAAAAAUACCUGGCGCCGCCCCUGGAGUGUGUCCGUGUCCGUUUUUGUUACUAAUUUUGUCUCAUUACCUCGACUGAUUAUAGGUGCUGAAUCAUUACAAGCUGUAGCCACUGUAUUUGAACUAUAUAAAUCCUGGCAUUUUGUAUUAAAUCACUAAGAGGGCAUCUGUAUCUUUACACAUUCAGAAAACAUCGAUAGUGGGCGUGUCUUAACAUAAUAACGCGUUGGACUUUGCGUCGUUUUCACUGCGGAGUCGCGUUUAAACCUUUUGGACUCGGACGAUGAUUAUGGUUUUAAAUAGUGAGUGUAUUGAAGGCGUUUGAAUGUAUUUACUGUAGAUGGAGGAAACCGUAGACUGUAUAUAUAAAUGGACGUCGCUAACCUGCUAGCCGCCGCUUUUCCAAUUCACUUUCUAUUGAAAAACUGUGGCCCGUUUCUCUGUAACUGCUGCUGUCAGACUCGUCAUUUUUGGUCUUAAAAUAUUCGGAUUAACCCGCUCUACGUGAUCCUGGGGCGAUUGUGUCUGUAAAUCAAGAUAUGAACAUUAAUAACAGACAAAUCCGGCGCCUUUUUUCCCCCCCGAGGUCACUCCAAAUACAGAAAUCGGCUCCAAAUUCGCCGCUAUAACUGUGGGUAACGUCCACUUCUUUAUACAGUCUAUGGAUGAAAAACACGGACCAGAUAUUUUUAUUUAAAUACAUUUACUUUUACGGAAGUUAAGUAUUUUUUAUAUGUAACUUAAUCCAAAUUUUAGCUGCACAAAAAAACGAUCGCGUGUUCGCCUGUUGAGCUUUCGUAGCGUCAGUAGCAUCCGCCGUUGCACUGUAGACUUGCACUGUAAUUAUAAACUUUAAAAAGACAAUUUAAAGAGGAGUAACAGCCGAGUAUUUAACACGAGCUCAUUUAUUUACCGGAUUGAGUGAGGCAGUUUCGGAAAAUGAUCCCACAGACGGGGAAUCUUUGUGCGGAAAGACGCGAUUCUGUCAAGUUGCCAUGGUAACCCGAGAACGAUACCCAGAAGAAGAAAUUGCCGAUGCGAUACAAACCACGAUAUGCACUUUUUAAAAAUUAAAUCCAAUUCAAUCAAGGUUUUUUACUACGUUCUCCAUUUUACAUACAAACGGAAGGCAUCAGGUUUUGAAAAAGUAAAAUAACUAAAUA